CGUCAGAAGCUAGUUGGUCCCUGUCAUCAACAAUACAAUAGUCAAAUAACGUAACAUCACUUAAUAACCAAGUUAAAUACGUACCACACAUUUUAAAUAUUUUUAAACUACGCUUGUUGUUGUAUCUCUCUUCAGCCAGGGGUUUUAGGAAUGGACGCCAUCUCAAAAAAGCUAACGUUAGCCGACGUCUUUGUGGAGGACUCUGAAAAUGAGCGAACAUUUUUGGGCUUUUCUGACAGUGAGAUCAGCGACCACUGCGAUAAAAAUUCAAAUUCAGAAGAUGAAGAUGAAGCUCAGCCUGACUUCUCUGCCAGGGAGCAGAAAGUAACGUCUAAACCAUCCUCUGGUGCCAAAACCUUCAGCCUGAGGGUGGCUCUCCGCUCCACUCCCUCUACCCAGCAGUCCACUGAUGAAGAGGAGGAGGAAAAGAGGAUAAAAAAGAGGGUGGUGAAGUGGACAGGAAAGACCAGUCAGGCAAAGAAGAAGAGACGUGUUCAAUUUGAAGAUGAGGAGACAGCAGUGGCUCGGCCCUCUCCUAUCAAAGAGUGUGGAUCUGAUUCAGCAGAAGAUGUGUCUGCUCCUUUCCUGGCCAAGAGAGAGCAGAACAUCAAGGCCAACAAAGCGAUGUUGGCUCAGCUAAUGGCAGACCUGCAGAACAUGCCAGGAGGUGCAGGGAUUCUGAAAAAACAAGCAGGCAAACGGAAGACAAAAGACCGAAGUUGUCGUCCACCGCGCUCUGGUGCAGCCGGAGGAGAGUCCAGGAAGAACCCAGAGCGGGCGUCUCGCAGACGAACCCGCUCAAUGGGGGGAAGCGACGAUCCCUCAGCCCCUAAGGAGGAAGACCUGGAGCUCAGCCUGGAGGAGCUGCUGGAGGUGCGCAGAUCCCCACAGCGCCGUGGCGCCCCGCGGCCCAAGCAGUGCAAACCUCACUGUAUCCGUCCUGUGGAGGACAUCACGGAGGACGAGAUUCAGCUGGUUGCAGACAACAUGACGGAAAAAGUCUACAACAGAUUCACAGGCUCCACAUGUCAUCAGUGCCGUCAGAAAACGGUUGACACCAAGACGUGCUGCCGCAGUGAGGACUGUCGCGGGAUCCAGGGUCAGUUCUGUGGACCGUGUUUGAGGAACAGAUACGGAGAGGACGUCAAGAAGGCGCUGCUUGAUCCGGAGUGGAGGUGUCCUCCCUGUCGCGGUAUUUGCAACUGCAGCUUCUGCCGACUGCGUGACGGCCGCUGCCCAACCGGCAUCCUGUUCCCUCUCGCUCAGUACCACGGCUUCUCUGACGUCCACUCCUACCUCAGCAGCCUCCGUAACAAACUGAAAUACGAGGACAACAAUGUAGAGAUGUGAUGUUAACGAGGUGCAGCAAUUGUUCAAAUAGUUUCUCUUUUAAGUUGUUUUAAUCCUAAUAAAACAUCCACAACCUGUGAUU